AUGGGUUACUUUGAUGUACCAGCCAUGAUAGACUACAUCCUGAACAGGACUGGUCACACUAGCCUCUAUUAUAUUGGCCACAGCAUGGGAACUACCAUGUUCUUUGCUGGAAUGUCUGCUCGGCCAGAGUACAACAGCAAGGUGAAGGCCAUGUUUGCACUGGGACCCGUGGCCACCGUCAACCACAUCCUCAGCCCCAUCCGCUUCCUGGCACCACUCAGCAAAGAAAUUGAGGCGUUGUUCUUACUCCUUGGCCACCACGAGUUCCUGCCACACAACAAACUGUUUACCAAGUGGGUGGAAAAGGUCUGCAAUGUCCAGAAGUAUGCCAAACUCAUGUGUGUGAACAGCAUCUUUCUCCUCACUGGAUUUGAUCAAGCACAAUUUAACAUGACUUGGCUGCCCGUCAUCCUUGCCAACAACCCAGCGGGCACGUCUGUGAGAACUGUGGCUCACUACGCACAGGAGGUGGAAUCAGGUCAGUGGAGAUGCCAUUUUAGCUUGGUUUUCACCUCUCCUGCUCCCUUCUCACUUUAG